AAGAAACAAAAGCGCGGGUUUGUUUGUUAUGGUUUUGGUUAGAAAGUCGUCUUAAUGGUUAAUAUAUGGUAAACGCAUUAGUUCUUUUAAAUUCUUUUACCGAGGAGUGAAAAGGAAAUCUACAAUUAAAAAUAUUUCUGGAAGCUAAAAAAUGGUACGUAAAAAGAAGAAAGAGGAUGAACCUUUGGUGGUAGAAGAAACUAAGAGAGGAAAAAGGAAUGUUAAACCUUUGCCUAAGGCUGCUAAUGAAAUCAAAAGAAGAAAGAUUCAAGGAAAUGAUGAUGCUGAAAAUUCUUCAGAAUUGAAAACAAAACCGAUUUCUAACAAAAAUAAGAAUGUAAAUACUAAUGUGAAAAAGGAUGAAUCUUCAGCAUCUAAAAAAACAAAGCAAAGGAGAAAAAUUAGUAAUGACGUUGAUAGUGAGACUGAAUCUAAGAUUCAGUUAUCAACAAAUAAAAGACCUAAACGAACAACUACAAAGAAAUCAUUACCUAAUGAAAAUGAGCCUAAAUUAAAGAAAUGUAAAAUGAAUAUCGAAAAAUUAGAUAUCAAACAAGAAGUUGACCAUUCUGAGAAUGAAAACAGUUCUGGCAGCUCUGCUGAUAGUGGUUGUUUAUCAGAUCCUGUAUCAAAAGUUAAUAAAAAUGUAGCUAACGUAAAAUUAGUCAAAGUAGAAUCACCUAGUUGUUCUAAUUUAAAUAGCUCAGGAAUAGGUGACGAUUUUUCAAGCAGUGAAUCUGAAUGGGAAGAAGUUGAAGAAAACGAAGAACAAACACUUGAAAAUUACAAUCCAGUUAUUCCAAAAGAAGGGGUUGAAAUAACUAUUGAUUGCCCUGAUUUGAAAUUCAAACGACGUAAGAAGAAAGAAUUUGAUGAAAUGGAAUGGACUAGAUUAUAUAUUAAUAGAAUGCGUAAAGAGGCUCAAUUAAAUGUACAUAAAUGUCAUUUAUUGUUUCUUCUUGGUCAUGGACUUUUUGUAAAUGAUACCAUUAAUUCAUCUCUUUUACAAGCCAUUUCUCUAUCGCUUAUACCAAUAGGCAUUUUAGAUUGGACUAAAGGUAAAAAAGUGGACAAAAUUGAUGUUAAGGGGAUUGAGCAAAUUAUCAAAUGGUUUCGAACUUUUUUCCGUUUUGAGCCUGAAGAAAGAAUGUGCAAUGAUCUACAUACAAACUUGACUAAAGCCUUUGAAACAAAAACUGUUUUAAAUGCAUCUGAAUAUAAUGUCAUGUUCAUAAUUAUUACACGUGUCUUAGGUCUUAAAGUUAGAUUUUGUAUGUCUUUGUAUCCUUUGUCUCAUAAAGCAAGCAAUUUGAUUAAGAAACGCAAAAUGAAAAGUGAGGAAGCAUCGGAGCCAUCAAGUUUUAGUAAAGAAAAACAAAUGUCUGAAGGUGAAAAUAAGUCAUCUUCUGACAUUAAACCAAAGAAGGAAAAUUUACCUCAACAGGAAUCACAAAACAAAGAAAAAUGUAACAAAAAAAGUGAUAAAGAGUUAACUACAGCAUCAAAUUUGGGCAAAAAUAAACAAGGAAAUGAAAGUAAAAAUAAAUUCACCUCAAAUAUUAAACCAAAGAAAGAAAAUGAUUCUAAACAGAAAUCCAAAGUAGAAAAAAAUGCUUCAGUAAAAAAAAUACAAAAAUCGCCAACAAAUAACGAAACCAAAACUUCUCGUUCACGUCGUUCUACUGGAAAAAAUUAUAAAAUAAGUAGUGAUGAAAGUGGUGAAGAACCAGAUGAUGAUGAUUUUAAGGUGGAAGAGGAAAAAGAUUUUGAGAAACCUAAAGCUUUCAGAAAGAGUUCCACAAAAACGUCUAAACAAAAAUCUGCUAAUAGAAAAAUUCUUUCUGACUCAGAUUCUGAUAGCCUUUCUCUGCCAUUGUAUGCUUGUUAUCAUCCUGAUAAAGUUCUAUACUGGGCUGAAAUUUUUUCAAAACCUGAUAAGAAGUGGAUUUCUGUUGAAUGUGUACAUAAUAUUGUGAAUGAUCCUUAUGAAAUUGAAGCUGUUGUACCUCAACCUAUUAGCUAUAUUAUAAGUUUUGAUAAUAGUUCUCACAUUAAAGAUGUGACUAAACGUUAUUGCAAAAAUUAUAUGACCUUUAACAUUAAACAAAGAGUAGUCCCUGACUGGUGGGAUGAAACCUUGGCUCCAUUUGCUCCUCCAAAUACUAAGUUAGACAAAGAAGAAGAAGAAAAUAUAGAAAGUGUGUUAAUAAAUCAACCCUUGCCUCAUACUGUUUCUGGGUUUAAAAAUCAUCCACUAUAUGCACUCAAGAGACACCUUUUAAAAUUUGAAGCUAUUUAUCCACCUGAUGCCGCACCUGUAGGCUUCAUAAGAAAAGAACCUGUUUAUUUGCGUGAAAAUGUUGUCCAGUUGCACUCUAGGGAAACUUGGCUAAAAGAAGCACGUGUUGUUCGUAUUGGAGAAGAACCAUACAAAAUUGUGAAAGCUAGGCCUAAAUGGGAUAGGAUUGCUGGUGUUCUUAAAACAGAUCUGCCGUUAGAUAUUUUUGGAUUUUGGCAGACAGAGCCUUAUGAACCACCCAUUGCAGUUGAUGGAAAAGUUCCCAGGAAUGAAUAUGGAAAUGUUGAAUUAUUCAAACCAUGCAUGUUACCUAGGGGAACUGUUCAUAUACAACUGCCUGGUAUUAACAGAGUUGCUAAGAAACUAGGUAUUGAUUGUUCACCUGCUGUGGUUGGGUUUGAUGGUCACAAAGGCAGUGUUCAUCCUGUAUUUGAAGGCUUUGUAGUUUGUGAAGAAUUCAAAGAUACAAUUAUAGCUGCAUGGGAAGAAGAACAAGAAAAUAUCCGUAAAAGAGAGGAAGAGAAAAGAGAGAAGCGAAUAUAUGGAAACUGGAAGAAACUAAUAAAAGGAUUACUUAUACGAGAAAGAAUCAAGCUAAAAUAUGAUGUAUAGAAAUGAAUCAUUCGACAUACCUCUUAACACAGCAACACAUUCCAUUUUGUGUAGAUUCUGAUAUUUAUGUUAACUAAAAUCAUUCAUUGGACAUAAAAAGGAACAUUGGCCGGUUAUAAUUAAAUUAUCUUUAAAAAAAGGAGAAAUUUUAAUUUUUACCAUCAAGAAACUGUUCUACCUCACUUAUAUCAAUCAAAUGGAGAAUGGAAUGUGAUAUGAUCAGCAAUAGAUACUAGCAGUUAUCGUACUACUUAAAUAUGUGUUAUUUGCUAUAAAAUUAAUUUUUAUUAGGAUGCAUAGCUCUGUCACAGUUUUCGGAACAUAUUUGCAUCUUUUUAUUACCUCGUAUUUUAAAAUGCAGCCAAGUAAAAUAUAUCAUUCAUAUUUUCUCAAAUUUAAAUAAAGAUAACUUUUUUUUUUUUUUUUUUUUUUUUUUCAUGUACCUGAAUUUUAAAGAAAGAAAUUUUUAACCAAGAUCUGGUUCUGUUUUGAUUUUGUUGUUGUUCUUGAUAACCAAGUUUUCAAACAUAACCAUAAACAAUGUGAUUGUUGAAGCGUUAAAUGAUUACUCCGGUGAAUUUAUUUGCGAGUUUAAGAUAUUUUUAUUGGUUUUAACUUGAAAAUGUUCUUUAAACUACUUCUUUUUAUUAUGCGAGUCUUAAGUCUCAGGUCUUUCAAAAAAUGUAAAUUUUAAAUUGUUUUUUGCUUAUUGUAAAAAGAAGAA